CACGGUUGUGGGGCAUACAGUCAUCUGCAGCAAUGGCGUCCUUUUCUGCUGCCAUGGGUUGCGGACAAAUCAAUGGGAGCGUCCGCUCCAAGGCAAUCCAGGGGGACGCUAGCUUUGUUGCACCCAGGCGUGCAGCCCCUUUGCAGCAGAGAGGAGCUCUGCAGGUGUGUGCUGGGCUGAAGGACACCCGCGACCGUAUUAAUUCGGUCAAAAACACCAUGAAGAUCACGGAUGCCAUGAAGCUCGUGGCUGCUGCCAAGGUUAGGCGAGCACAGGAUGCUGUGGUGAAUGGGCGCCCCUUCGCAGAGAACUUGGUGAAGGUGUUGUACGGUGUGAACCAGAGACUCAGAGUGGAGGAUGUGGACUCACCUUUGGUCAACAUUAGACCAGUGAAGACUGUUCUCCUCGUCAUCGUGACUGGCGACCGUGGUCUCUGUGGCGGUUACAACAACUUUGUCAUUAAGAAGGCAGAGAAGAGGAACGCGGAGUUGAGACAGAUGGGCGUGGAUGUGAAGCUGGUGACUGUCGGCAAGAAGGGCGAGAAGUACUUCAAGCGCCGCGCAGACCGCUUCAACAUCAUCGCCAACUACGGUCUGGGCGCAACCCCCACCACGAAGGAGGCACAGGCCAUCGCGGACGAGCUGUACGCAGACUUUGUGAGCGAGGAGGUGGACAAGGUGGAGAUGAUAUACACAAAGUUUGUGUCCCUCAUCUCCUCCGACCCCGUCGUGCAGACCCUCCUCCCCCUCACCCCCCAGGGUGAGAUCUGCGACAUUGAGGGCCGCUGCGUGGAUGCUGCCGAGGACGAGUUGUUCACGCUGACGACCAAGGAGGGCAAGCUGACACUGGAGCGCGAGAAGGUGACCAUGGACACCUCCGACUUUGACGCCGGGCUCAUCUUCGAGCAGGACCCCGUACAGAUCAUCGAUGCCCUGCUGCCCCUCUACCUCAACUCCACCCUCCUCCGCUCUCUCCAGGAGGCGCUGGCGUCAGAGCUGGCCGCGCGUAUGAACGCCAUGAACUCGGCGUCCGACAACGCCAAGGAACUGAAGAAGAAGCUGACGCUGCAGUACAACCGCAAGCGCCAGGCCAUGAUCACCAGCCAGAUCAUUGAGAUUGUGUCUGGCGCCAACGCUUGAGCUCGCCAGUUUGCGAAACGAGGCCUGCGGCAGUCAGCUGCAGGCCGAAGGUCAGGGACUCAGUAGAUGCAGCAGCGUGGCCUAGUGUGGCAGGAGUGAGGGGUCCAUGGCUGCAGCCUUGGAAGAUCCUUUUUGCUGGGAGACAGAGCGUCUUGUCUUAUCGAGAGAUUCUUGAGGAAUAAUAUAUGUGAGAAGUGCUCCGACUGGAAGCUGGCAGGCCUGUCACAGUGGUUUUGAGGUGCGGCUGCAGUACUAGUAAUACAAGGGAUACGUCUCAGUGACAGCAGUAUUGAAUGGAGAGUGGUAGUUGAUGAACUUGAACAUUCAAGAUAAGCAGAGAAGAAAAAUUAAGAGGUUUUAGACGCCUUUAUGGUGUGAUAAACAGCUUGUAAGUGGUUUUGGGC